CACGGGCCCAGUCGUCAUGGUUACGCCGCAGCGCCUAGCCCUUCCCCCAGCCCGCUGUGCUCCCCUCUCCCCACCGGGACCCCUCCUGCGGCCACGCACCCGGCCCUACGGCACGUGACGGCCGGGAAGGAGAGGUCGGCGCGGGGAGGGGACGCCGUGGCGGUAACCCCUUCCUCUCCGCUUCUAGUGGGCCUGGCUUGGGCUUGGGGAUCCAUCGCUGGCGGACCAGGUGGUCCAGCAGGUGGGCCCUGCCCUUCACGCUGGCGGGACCGCUUACUCUCACUCUCCUUGCUCCUGCCCAGCGGCGCCGAGAGUGUCGGUCCGAGAGCCCCAUCUGUGGUUCUAGGUGGUCCAGAAGGAAAGCGCAGACUUGAGACCGUGGUGAGGGAGGCCUUGGGUCAUUUGGAGGAAAUUAUCCGCUGUGUUGACCAGGCUGGUCUAAGUUUGACUGAUCUGCUUUACAAUCGACACCUUCGCUCUCGACGCCGCAAAUUUCGUGGGAUAUGUUGGCGAUUCAAAGGCUGAACUCGACUCUGGUUUCGGAUUUCUGGAUCUCAGUUUUCUCUAGAACAUGAAAACCAAUAAUGCUAGGCGGUUCUGACCAUGGAGAGAACAGAGCUGCACAAUGCAUGCAUGCUCCUGGGUGGGUAGAGCAGUGCUUUCAUCUCUGCUGGCGCCUCCCUGAGUGCCAUGUGCUGUAAGAAGCUGAAUGGGAGCCGCGAAAGGGGAACCUCAGGGCUGUGCCCACUCAGAAGAGGCAUUAACCUAGACAGGGUUGGAACAGCCCAGAAGACUUCCAGGAUGAAUCGAGACUUGGAAGGCGAGAGGGGAUGAGCAGCGCCUUCUAGGCAGAGCAUACCUGAGGGGCCCACCGCUGUUUAGCACACCAGGAUUCAGAAGCCAUGGCCUGCCUCCAUGAGACCCGCACACCCUCUCCUUCCUUUGGGGGCUUUGUGUCUACCCUAAGUGAGGCGUCCAUGCGCAAGCUGGACCCAGACACUUCAGACUGCACCCCUGAAAAAGACCUGACACCUACCCAGUGUGUACUUCGAGAUGUAGUACCUCUGGGAGGGCAGGGUGGGGGCGGGCCCAGCCCCUCCCCAGGUGGAGAGCCGCCCCCUGAGCCUUUUGCCAACAGUGUCCUACAGCUACAUGAGCAGGAUGCAGGUGGCCCAGGGGGAGCCACUGGGUCACCUGAAAGUCGGGCAUCUAGAGUUCGGGCUGACGAAGUGCGACUGCAGUGCCAGAGUGGCAGCAGCUUCCUUGAAGGUCUCUUUGGCUGCCUACGCCCUGUCUGGACCAUGAUUGGCAAAGCCUACUCCACAGAACACAAACAGCAGCAGGAAGACCUUUGGGAAGUCCCCUUUGAGGAAAUCCUGGACCUGCAGUGGGUAGGCUCAGGGGCCCAGGGUGCUGUUUUCCUGGGACGCUUCCAUGGGGAGGAAGUGGCUGUGAAGAAGGUACGAGACCUCAAGGAGACAGAUAUCAAGCACCUGCGAAAGCUAAAGCACCCCAACAUCAUCACUUUCAAGGGUGUUUGUACUCAGGCUCCCUGCUACUGCAUCCUCAUGGAGUUCUGUGCUCAAGGCCAGCUCUACGAGGUACUCAGGGCUGGUCGCCCUGUCACCCCCUCCUUGCUGGUUGACUGGUCCAUGGGCAUCGCCGGUGGCAUGAACUACCUGCACCUACACAAGAUCAUUCACAGAGACCUCAAGUCCCCCAACAUGCUGAUCACAUACGACGAUGUGGUGAAGAUCUCAGAUUUUGGCACAUCCAAGGAGCUGAGUGACAAGAGCACCAAGAUGUCCUUUGCAGGGACAGUAGCCUGGAUGGCUCCUGAGGUGAUCCGCAAUGAGCCUGUGUCUGAGAAGGUUGACAUCUGGUCCUUUGGGGUGGUGCUAUGGGAACUACUGACUGGUGAGAUUCCCUACAAAGACGUAGAUUCCUCAGCCAUCAUCUGGGGCGUAGGAAGCAACAGUCUCCAUCUGCCUGUGCCCUCCAGCUGCCCAGAUGGCUUCAAAAUCCUGCUUCGCCAGUGCUGGAAUAGCAAGCCAAGAAAUCGCCCAUCAUUCCGACAGAUCCUGCUACACCUGGAUAUCGCCUCAGCUGAUGUACUCUCUACACCCCAGGAAACUUACUUUAAAUCCCAGGCAGAGUGGCGGGAAGAAGUGAAACUGCAUUUUGAAAAAAUUAAGUCAGAAGGGACCUGUCUGCACCGCCUAGAAGAGGAGCUGGUGAUGCGGAGAAGGGAGGAGCUCAGACACGCCUUGGACAUCAGAGAGCACUAUGAAAGGAAGCUGGAGAGAGCCAACAACCUGUACAUGGAAUUGAACGCCCUCAUGUUGCAGCUGGAACUCAAGGAGCGGGAGCUGCUCAGGCGGGAACAGGCUUUAGAACGGAGGUGUCCAGGCCUACUUAAGUCACAUCCUUCUCGUGGCCUCCUGCAUGGGAACACAAUGGAGAAGCUCAUUAAGAAGAGGAAUGUGCCACAGAAGCUGUCACCCCAUAGCAAAAGGCCAGACAUUCUCAAAACAGAAUCUUUGCUACCCAAACUCGAUGCAGCCCUAAGUGGGGUAGGGCUUCCUGGGUGUCCUAAGGGCCCCCCCUCACCAGGAAGAAGUCGACGUGGCAAGACCCGGCACCGCAAAGCCAGUGCCAAGGGCAGCUGUGGAGACCUGCCUGGGCUUCGUGCAUGUCCUGUGCCACCCCAUGAACCUGGACUAGGAAGCCCAGGGGGCCUAGGAAUGGGACCUUUAGCUUGGGAGGCCUGUCCUCCUGCUCUCCGUGGGCUACACCAUGACCUUCUGCUCCGAAAGAUGUCCUCUUCAUCCCCUGACCUGCUGUCAGCAGCACUGGGAGCCCGGGGCCGAGGGGCCACAGGUGGAGCUGGGGAUCCUGGCUCCCCACCUCCACCCCGGGGUGAUACCCCUCCAAGUGAGGGCUCUGCUCCUGGCUCCACCAGCCCAGAUUCACCUGGGGGAGCCAAAGGGGAGCCUCCUCCACCAGUAGGACCUGGUGAAGGUGUGGGGCUGCUGGGAACUGGAAGGGAAGGGACAGCAGGCCGGGGAGGAAGCCGGGCUGGGUCCCAGCACUUGACCCCAGCUGCACUGCUGUACAGGGCUGCUGUAACUCGCAGUCAGAAACGUGGUGUCUCAUCUGAAGAGGAAGAAGGAGAAGUGGAUAGUGAGGUGGAGCUGACACCAAGCCAGAGGUGGCCUCAGGGCCUGAACAUGCGUCAGUCACUAUCAACCUUCAGUUCAGAGAACCCAUCAGAUGUGGAGGAAGGUACAGCUAGUGAGCCUUCCCCCAGCGGCACACCAGAGGUUGGCAGCACCAACACUGAUGAGCGGCCAGAUGACCGGUCUGAUGACAUGUGCUCCCAGGGCUCAGAAAUCCCACUGGACCCACCUGCUUCAGAGGUGGUCCCUAACCCUGAACCCAGAUCCUUGUCCAACCCACACCAGGACCUACUCAGAGGUGAGCAGGGCCCCAAUCCUGAGGACUCAGACUGUGACAGCACUGAAUUGGACAACUCCAACAGCGUUGAUGCCUUGCGGCCCCCAGCCUCCCUUCCUCCAUGAAAGACACUCUUAUUCCUUGUACAUAGAUAAAUAUUUAUAUAAAUAAUAUAUAUACGCGCCACAUAAUCAACAGAGUUAGAUGGGGCUUUCUUAGCCUUAAGUCAGGCUUGUGAGAGAAUGACACCCCCCACACACACCUAGUCCCUGAUAAGCUCUAGGGACUUUGGCAGCUGUGGAAACAAUGACUCCCAAGUACUGCCCUAGAGCUAUGAGGAAAGGGAAACUGGUCCCUUCUUGCUUCACCCCAUUCCUUAUGUUCAGCAAGCAACUAGGCAAUAGAAAAGCCAGGCUUGUCUACACUGUCCACCCCUGCAACAUGAGAGCAGGAGAGGAACCACUUAGACUGCACUUUUGUUUUCCAUUUACUGUUUACACAUUUUGCACUUGGGAGGAUGGAAACUAUGGCUGGGUCCUCCCCUCUGAGGGUUCUCAGGUGGCAAUGUAACCCAUUUCUUUGUCCUUCCAUUUUUUGUGCCCAAGGCCCAGAGGGCCCAAAGGCAGGUUAGAACACGAUAGCAUGUGAUGGCUCAAGCUGAAGAACUGGGGUGCUGUUAAGUCCCUGCUUUUAUCCUGGUGCCUGAUUGGGGUGGGGACUGUCAUUGUAACCCCUGUGAACAAUCCUGAAAUAUAACCACUCCAUGAGGCCCAGCUGUUGAGGGUUUUCUUGGUGAGGUGAACAAGUGGGGUAGCAUAAGUGGUUUAAGUAGGAUCCUUGGAGGACUUUGGACACCUUUUCUCACUAAACAUGUCAAACCCCAACUUUCUAAAAUAAAUGGCAGCAGGUACUUUUCUAAACAAUUUCAGGUAGAUCUCAAUGUACUCAGGACCAGAAAUUAACAGUUACUAGGAACAUGCAGCUACUUUCCUGUUUGAAGUAUGCAAGCUUCAAUAAGGGGACACAUUCCCACGAAACUUAAAUAUCCAAGAUACAUGUCCAACCAUUUCUAUGGGUACACAUCUGUCUGCCCUGGCUCCAUUGAAGGGUAUGCAGCUCUAAAGUCCUUCUAUAGAAGUAUCAUCAUCAAUCUUCAGAAACAAGUUUUAUAUAAGGGUGAACCAGAGAGGGUCAUGGGGAAAAAAAAAGAUCAGGGGCACAUAAAAAACAUGGAGUGGUAAAUAUCUUAAUUGGAAUAAAGUCUUCUAUUCAAACCCAGUCAGGGUCCUGUGAGGGUUAAAAGUAUAAAAAUAACAUCCAGACAACAGGAAUAAAACCCACAUAAAUCACUGUGGCAUCCAGUUUCUAUUCACAAAGAAAAAGCUCCAGUCCAUCUUUUAAUUUUUUUGAAAAAUUCCUGACAUUACAGAACUAAACUGAAAUGUAUUAAUAUUCCACUCUUACAUUUCCAUGACAAACAAAAAUUCAUGAGCCCAAAAAAAAUAAAUAAAAACAAAAAAAACAAAAACAAAACAUAAAAAAAAAA